AUGUCUGGUGUACCCUCAAGAACAGUGACUAACAGGAAAAUAUGUGAAGAGAAAAAGUUUUCCAAGAAAUAUGGGAAGAAGAGUUUUGCUUUGGAUACGAUUGUGGGACUGAAGAGAUACAAUUUAAUUUUCUACUACACAAGUAAGCACAAUUCAUUUACAGUAGCUUUUCCUUUGAAUUCAAAUGAAAGAAAGGAAAAAAUUGCUCAUCUAAAAUCUACCAUUCAUCAUCAACAAAACAUUAUAUUAGCAGCAGUUGUGCAAAGUGAGGCUGUCACAAGAGCAUCAUACCAAGUGUGUAAUACUCUGGUAAAAAAUAUGAAAGCUUUCACUGAUGCUGAAUUAAUGAAGCAAUGUAUGAUGAGUGUUUGUGAAACAUUGUUUCAAAAUUUCUCCAACAAAUCUACCUGUGUACGUUGUAUAGAAGAUAUUCCAAAAUAUUUGUUUGAGGCAGUAAUUAAUAAUGUCAAACUACUCAAAUCCUUCAGUAUUACAUGUGAUUCCCGUACAGAUUUAGCUUCAAUGGCUCAGUUUUCAUUAUUUGUGUGUUACUGCACAAAUGAUGGGGUAAUAAAGGAAGAUCAUUUAGCAAUUAUAACCAUGAAAGGUCGCACAAAAGGAUUAUGUACAGAUGAUUAUCCAUCAAUGACGGAUGUCAACAAAGGUUUGAUAGCACUAAUUAAGAAGGAAUGGAACUUGCCAAAUUUACUAUCCAUUCACUGCUUACUGCAUCAGGAAAGUUUGGCAUGUCAAAUUUCAAAUAGCAAAUUGAAGAAUGUUAUGCAAACGGUUAUAAGCAUUAUAAACUUCAUUUGUGCCCGUGAACUUAAUCGCCGAAAAUUUAAGGAACUUCUGCAGGAAUUAGGCAAAAAUUAUCCUGAACUUGAUAAUGAUGGAUGGGUGAUACUUACAGCUUUUUUGACCAAUAUUACACAAAAAUUCAACACAGUUAUCUUUGAAUUACAAGGACCAAACAAGAUAAUUGGGCAAAUGACUAACAAAAUAUUUGCAUUUGAAGCCAAACUGCAAUUAUAUAUAAAUGAACUCAAAGUAAAAGAUCUUCUCGUAGAGAACCCUUGGCAUGUUGGACAUGAUGAUCUCAAAUUAUUCUGCCAAUUUGGAUUUCUUAAAACUAAUUUGCCAAAUGAAAUAAUCGAACUUCAGUAUGACACACAGCUUAAAGCUCUGUUUAUAGAACAUUGUGAAACACAACAGUACACUGAAUUUUGGAAAUGUGUGCCUAACAAUUAUAAAAAUUUACGAGAGUGCGCCCAGUUCAUUUUAACACCAUUUCCUUCAACUUACCUUUGUGAAACUUCAUUUUCAAAAAUGAAGUACUUGAAAAAUAAAUAUCGAACAAGAUCCACUGAUCCCAAAUUUGUUUUUGGUAGUGGCUCAGAAUUACUACUGAUUCCCUUCCUUCCCUUCAUCCUUCAUAUUCUCCUGCCUAUCUACAUGAAUAUUGUAAGAUUAUGCAAGUCAUCAUUUUAUGCAGUUUUCAACACUUGUAAACAUGCUGUGAAAGUCUGUGAAUACCACAUGUCAUCAUUGACUCAUGCUACAACGAUUAUUCCAGUCGAUCUCAACACUCGACUCCUGUGA